UAUAAUGAUAAUAUGACUAAUCACGUUUUUAAAGCUAAUUCAAAACGUACUUAAUAACAUUUUGGUAAAGCUAAGACAAGCUCCGAAAAGCCCGUUGGCAGUGAGAGUGAGAAACAGAAAUGGCAAUCUCAUCUUCAUUCACGAGCGUACACAUCACCGCCUUAGACGCAAUCACAAACGUAAACUCUCUUUUCACACUCGGAGUCUUCAUCGGCUUAGCAUGGAACCCUAACGAUCCAUCCAACAACCUCAACUCCGAUCCCGCCUGCACUCCAACCGCCGCCAUCGCCGAAAAUCUCGUCACCUUCCAUGUCUACUCUUUCAGCUCCUUCCUCUUCUCCAGUCUCAUCGCUCUCGCACUCAAACAAGCCAUCCGCCUUUCCCGCACUUCCACCGCUGUUGCUCACAUUAACCGCUCUACUCUCCGCGUUGGUAUGCUCGUUUCUGGUAUCGGAUCUGUUUCCGGUUGUGGUUUUCUUAUGCUUGCUCUUGUUAAUGUUGUUCAGAUUAAGCUUGGAACACUUGCGUGUGUUUAUAGGAGCCGGAUGGACUUAUUUUCAUUUUAUCAUGAGCAAUGAUAGGGGUGGAGGAAAAGAACUAUGUAUAAGGCUAGAAAUUGACUUCAACUAUAUCCGAUGAGUAAGAAUCACAUAGCAAAUGUUUGGAAUGGCUUUGGCAGCCAAUUUCUCGCAUCCCAAUGCUUCUAAAUGAGGGCAACUGUGACAAAACAAAUUAGCUUAUAUACGACAAAGGAGAACCAGAUGCACAACUUGUAGUGAUCGAAGAGCUGACUUCGACUUCAUGCACUGUAAGCUUUGGCCUAUAUAGGAGAUACAUAGUCUUGACCUUAAUGAAAGCCUUGUCAAACAGAUGCACAAUUGCAGGAACAUACCUACAUCAGUAAGAUGCUUCUUGAGAGUGAUAAACACCAAGCUUGCUGCAGCUGCCACUAUGAAAGUAGAAGGGUAGCUCGCACAACACUUGGGCAAGUCUCAGUCAUAUGUCAAAUAAGAUAUCUACAUAAAUGUUUGCUCUAAGGAGCUCACAUAACAUCUUUAAGAUGGCAAUAGUUUCAGGUUUUCAUCAAGUGGUUUGCAUAUAUCAAAUAUGUAUAUACAAAUGUUUUCUCUAAGUAGCUACACUUCUAUGAGUGGAAAGCCAUUCUUGAUCCUAUAUAGAACCCAGACAACUCACUAUAGAUAUUCAACUGAUAGAUUAAAUAAAGUAUAACAAUUACUACUCA